AUGCAGAGAUUGAAGUAUAAUGCGGAGACUGAGUAUGGUCAAGAGUUUCAGUUCUCGGAGAUUAAAUCGCAAGAAGAUUUCAGGAAAUCUCAUCCUCUAACACGAUAUGGGCAUUAUAAAGCGUACAUAAAUAGAAUAGAAAAAGGUGAGGAAAAUAUUAUCACCAAGGACAGACCCAUAAAUUUGAGUUUGACUUCGGGGACAUCGGGCAACGCAUCAAUAUUACCGACCAUUAAAAAGCAAUACAGUGCAUUUUUUUUACAAGGAAUAUCAAUUUGUUUUGAUUCUCUGUUCAAGGCAUUUCCAGGUGCCAAGCAACUGCAGAAGGAUCUGAAGUUUUUCUAUUCUCCCAAACCACGUACAUCAGAAUCGGGUAUUCCCGUUGGUCCGAAUUCUUCUUCUCCUGCAAGUUCAAAGGCGCUGCUUAAUCUAUAUACAACGCCAAAGGCCGGCUUCAAUAUCAUGACUGAACCUGAAGCGUUGUACAUCCAUUUGCUUUUCGGUCUCAGAGAUCGCAAAUUAGGCAUGAUAGAGGCUAAUUUCUCAUCGAUCAUUUACAUGGGAUUUGUUGCUAUGGAAACACAGUGGCAGCAACUGGUAGAAGACGUACGGUUAGGUCGUAUCAAUCCUGAUUUGAAAAUUGAGGAUAGCACACGAAAGGAAUUGAACGCUUUGCUCAAGCCAGAUGCAAUGCGGGCUGACGAACUAAAGGUUGAGUUCCAGAAAGGGUUUGAUGGAAUCGUCAAAAGAGUUUGGCCACUUAUUAAUUUGAUUCUGACUGUUGAUACUGGUUCUUUUGAGCUAUACAGACAGGUGCUGGUUUCAUACUAUGCAAAAG